GAGAGAGAUUCCCCAGAGACGCAAAGCAAAGCAACCCACAUCAACAGAAAGAGAUGGCACAGGUUGAAGUUGCAAAGUUGUCGAGCAACUGGAAGAAACUACAACAGACACUCAAGCCGAAACCCACCGCCGAUGACGACCACCCAAGCGUGAAGCGCAAGAGAACGACCGAAUCGCAAGACGAAAAGUUCAAGAGAUUCCAAGGCGCAUCGAAUGGAACAAAGAGAGCGAGGACUGAGCUGAGCAAACCUUCUUUCGCACAACGAAAGAACAAGAUGGGUUCUGCAGCCUCCAAGUCUCCUGCCUCGACGCCGAGAACACCAUCAAAUGCCGAACCUGCAACUGUCAACGAAGUAGUCGCUUCGACACGAACUUCCACAGACUCUCUCGUCAACCAAGGACUUCACCCGACACACAAGCCUGGAAAGUUCUUGGCCAUCGACUGUGAGAUGGUCGGUACUGGACCCCUCGACGAUAAUGUGCUCGCGCGCGUUUCGAUUGUCAACUUCCACGGCGAACAAAUCUACGAUAGUUUCGUACAACCCGUACCUGGCGUCGAGGUCACCGACUACCGUACUUUCGUCAGUGGUAUCCGUCCUCACCACUUGAAGGCAGAUGUCGCACGUCCGUUCUCAGAGGUACAGAAAGAGGUUGCUGCUUUGCUGGAGGGAAAGAUAUUGAUUGGACACGCUCUGAAGAACGAUUUGGACGUAUUGCUACUCUCACAUCCCAAGAGAGAUAUCCGGGAUACUGCACGACACGCAACGUUCCGCAAGAUGUCAAUGGGAAGAGCCCCUGCGCUGCGCAAGUUGGCAAAGGAGUUCCUUGGCAUGGACAUUCAAGGCGGCGAGCACAGUUCAGUAGAGGAUGCAAGAGCAACCAUGAUGCUUUUCAAGCUCGAGAAGGAGGCUUUCGAGAAGGAAGUCAAGCAAAAGUACGGAGCCGCAAUCAGACGGGAAGAAAAGCUGAAGCAACAAGCCGAGGAUAAGAAGGCAAGAAAGGAGGAGCUGAAACAGGCAAAGGAGAAUGCAGGCUCAGACUCGGAAGAUGAAGACGAAGAGUCGGACAAUGAAGAUGAGGAACAGCUCGACGAUGAGGGCAAUGUGAUUGCACCCACAAUCAAGAAGAGCAAAAAGUCAAAGAAGAACAAGAAGCGCAAGAAGAGAACCAAGCGCGCAUAGAGCAAACCUUGUACAUUCUGAAAAGCAUACCUAGCAUAGAUACCCCCAAUCUCGAAGCAUAUUGCCAGUU